GAAAAAUAAAAAGAAAAAAAGAAAUAAAAGAAACAAAGAGCCCUAGCUUUCUCCUCAUUUGAGUUUUGGGUGUCGCCUGACUGCUGUUUCUCUCGAUCUCGCUGGUUUUGCUUCUUGUAAUUUGUCAUAAACCAUCAUCAAGAUAUGUUGCUAAUUUAACAGGUAACUGGCAUGGCAAUGAACUGCAUCAAGUCACUGAGAAAUCUACCUGCCAAAAGCAGCUUAGGAAGUUGUAGAACAUUUGCUGCUGCGGCUAAAGCCAAGAAGGGCAAAGGUGGAGGAGCUUCUGAUGCUCCAAAACAAUCAACUUUAAGCAAAGAAGUCAAAUCCACCACAGUUGUGGGGGCAAAUAUCCUUAAAGAUGGAACAGACCCUAAAAUAUUGCCCGAUUCUGAGUACCCUGAUUGGCUCUGGCACCUCCUGGACAAAAAGCCGGCCCUGAGUGAACUCAGAAGGAAAAAUAUAGAAUCUCUCCCUUAUGAAGACUUGAAGCGCUUUGUCAAGCUAGACAACCGAUCAAGGAUUAAAGAAAACAACUCCAUCAAGGCCAAGAACUGAUUGAAGUUUAGACUCUUGAAGGUUUCUUUUUUAGCUGUUGCCUAUUUUAGCUAUAUAAUAGAUGAUCAUUGCAUAUCAUAAUAUGAACAUGGCACUGUAUCUCUUUGCUUGGUUCACGAAUUCAUUAAAAUGUGAGAGAAACUUGACAUUUAUUUUGUUAUUUAGCAAUCAACAUGUUGUUUGUCA